UUUUUUUUUCCAGAGCCAAUGGAAGGAGUAUCGUGCCAGCGAUUCCCAAAGAUCAAAUCCGCGAACUUAGGAUGACUACGCGAAGUUCGAGCUACGGGACACCGAAGCCUCCAAGGCCAACGCCCUCCGCCGCGUUAUGAUCGCCGAGGUCCCCCACCAUCGCAAUCGACCUCGUCGAAAUCGAAGUCAACUCAUCCGUCGUCAACGACGAAUUCAUCGCCCAUCGACUCGGCCUCAUUCCACUCACCAGCGAACGCGCCAUGUCUAUGCGAUUCUCCCGUGACUGCGACGCUUGCGACGGUGACGGGCAGUGUGAGUUCUGCUCCGUUGAGUUCCAUCUUCGUGCCAAAUGCAUGAGCGAUCAGACCCUUGAUGCCACUAGCAACGAUCUCUACAGUUCUGAUCAUACGGUUGUUCCCGUCAAUUUUACCGAUUCUGCUGGCUACGAUUCUUCUGAGCAAAGGGGGAUUAUCAUUGGGAACUGCGUCGCGGGUGUCAUAACCAUUUUUUUUUAG